AUGGUUAGAUGUCCCAUUUGCUCCAAGUCUAUGGACAUUGGUGCCAUUAACGCACAUCUCGAUCAAUGCAUGGCUCAGAAGGAGCCAAAGAAACCAGUUUCUGCAAAGUCAGUCUUAUCCCAUGGAAAGUUCAAGGGUGAAGGCAUCACUAGCCCCAGUCAAAAGACGGUUGUUGAAAUACCCUCCGAACAAGACAACUACGAUCUAACAACCAACUUAUCCUCCUCCCCAACACAGAACUCGAGUGUUCCUUCAACAGAGCCGGCUACAAAGAAACAAAAACUGAAUGAAGCUACAGAUAUCAAAAAAUUGCGUAUGUCAGCAAAAUUACCCUUAGCAGAAAGGCUACGGCCAAAAACCUUAGAAGAGUACGUUGGGCAAAGCCAUCUGGUUGGGCCCACUGGAGUACUACGUGGGAGUAACGGUAAAACCAGUUUGGCUCGUAUUAUUGCAGCUUCCACUCAUAACCGAUGUGUUGAACUGAGCGCCACUUCCAGUGGAAUAAGCGAGUGCAGAAAGGUUUUCGAAGAGGCUAGGAACGAGAUGAGACUCACGAAGCGCCGUACAGUAUUAUUCUGUGACGAGAUACACAGGUUCAAUAAAUCACAGCAAGACGCGUUUUUGCCCUACGUGGAGCGUGGAGAUAUCAUCUUAAUAGGAGCCACGACGGAAAACCCGAGUUUCCAGCUGAACAGUGCGCUGCUGUCAAGAUGUCGAGUUUUUGUACUAAACAAACUAGAUAAUGAGGAUUUGGCCAAAGUGGUUAACCGAAGUCUCCUAUUGGUGAAUCGGGUUAGAAAGCUAGUGUACAAUAUGCCAGUUUUACGACUGACGACGGAAUCUUUACAAUAUAUUAUUGGUGUUGCAGGGGGUGACUCAAGGACAGCACUGAAUUUGGUUGAAAUGGUUGAUUCUCACUAUCAAAAGAAUGAUGAUACCACUGCUGCCUCCGUUGAAGUGGACCCAUCGACGUUGAGGGAAGUGCUUCGCUCCACGCAUGCAGUUUACGAUAGAGUCGGAGAUCAACACUACGAUGCAAUUUCGGCCUUUCACAAAUCAGUCAGAGGUUCCAAUGUAGAUGCAACUUUAUACUACCUUGCGAGAAUGCUACAUGGGGGAGAGGACCCACUGUAUAUUUCAAGACGAAUGAUCCGUAUGGCCUCUGAGGACAUUGGAGUUGUAGACGACUCUUGCUUGCCAUUUGCAGUCGCAACUUUCGAUGCUGUCCACAAAGUGGGACUACCCGAGGCUGAUGUCAUGUUAGCGCAUUGUGCUUAUAAGCUUGCGACCGCAGCCAAGAGUGUUUCUAUCUAUAGAGCUUGGAAUAAAGUGAAAGCAAAAGUCGCUCAGGACGCCAAUUUUGCUGGAGCUCCAAUUCCUAUGCAUCUUAGAAAUGCUCCUACCAAACUUAUGGAAGAACUUGGAUACAGCAAGGGUUAUAAAUACAACCCAGACUUCAAGGAGGGUAAGGUCGUUCAAGAAUAUCUUCCUUCAGAAAUCAAAGAUGAAACUUUCUACGAAGACAGACAUUUGGGUGACGUGGUUGAUUCUGAUUUGGAAGCUAAUGGAAACAGUUGA